UCAUCAGCACACACUCACACAUCGGACUCCGUGUGACUUGGUCGUGUCGUGUUGACCCGCGCGCCUGUUUACAUUCUGUACACAGUGACUUCACGGCGUACACCGUGUCUGUGAUUUAAUUUAUUAUUUAUAUUAGCUUGCUCUUAGAUAGUUCAAAGUCAAACAUGGCCAACAACAGGGCUGCUAAGUCUGGAUUUGCCGCGGAGGCUCAGAGAAAGAUCAACAGCAAAUACAGCGAGGAGCUUGCACAGGAGUGCCUAGAAUGGAUACAGGCCAUCAUCGGUGAGCCAGAGAACACCUCUGGAGACAUGGACAACUUCUACGAAGUGCUUAAAGACGGAACCAUAUUGUGCAAGCUUGUAAACAACAUUCAGCCGAACAUGGUGAAGAAAGUAAACGUGUCCAAGAUGGCGUUCAAAUGUAUGGAGAACAUCAACGCUUUCCUCGAAGCCGCGAAAACGCUCGGCGUGCCGGCACAGGAAACCUUCCAGACAGUCGACUUGUGGGAGAGGCAAAACCUAAACUCGGUCGUCAUUUGCCUGCAGUCACUUGGCCGAAAGGCUGGAAACUACGGCAAGCCUUCGAUAGGACCAAAGGAAUCAGAGAAGAAUGUGAGGAACUUCUCGGAGGAGCAGCUCAGGGCUGGACAGGGAGUCAUCUCACUGCAGUACGGCUCCAACAAGGGAGCCACCCAGAGCGGCAUUAACUUCGGCAACACGAGGCACAUGUAAACGAGUCAGCCAUGGCUUCGUUCAGCGGAUACGAGUUUAGUCAGCACUGACAAGCAAUGUUCAGUAAUGACUCGGCUUCCUUAAACGCAAUUUUUUUAAUGGCUGACUUUUCAUUACUGUAAAUCUCCAUGAAUGACCAAUUAAAAAAAUAAAACACUGAAUAACAAAUAUCUCGUAAAUCCUUUUUAAAUAUCGGAGAUAAAUAAACAGUCGCCAUCUUGCUUUUAAGCGCUUGAGCUCUCGUAUCUGUUGAACACGCUAAGCAUUGAAAGGUAGAACUACACGCCAAUGCACGGCAACCAAAUUGUUCUUAAAAAUCUCGUUGUUGUUUCAAUAUGGCGUGCUGUCAAUUUAGUUCUACCUAACCUGUAUGUACACUCAGAUCAGUGUUAAUAGGAAUGAUUUUAAUAAGAAAAUUUUAUAUAUUUCGACUCUUGGUGUUAGAAUAUAACCUAUAAAUCAACAACUAUAGCAAUUAAAUUCUUGUUUUAAUUAACAGCGUUGACUCUUUGACGUUAAAUUACAAAAGUAAUUAAAAAUAUGUAACAUAAUUAGGAUAAAAUUAUUGACUGUGUUCUUGUUAAAAUCAUUCUUAUGUUCACACGAAUCGAAUAAUAAAAUACAUAGUGCAGUACUUAUAGAUUCAAAUUACUUAAUAAUUUUAAAUAGAUGGAGUACUAUAAUUAUCUCUUUUUGAAUCUCUUUGGGUCCAUCUGCAAUUAUCUACGUGUCUUAAAUAAAGAUUGACGAUACGACUUGACGCAAAAACUUUUAUAAAGACUAAGAUAUUGCAGUUUGAAAUUUAUACCUACCUUUUAUCACUUCGAAAAAUUCAUUCCGAAAUCAUUCCACAAUGUUUGUGCCGUUUAUAUCUAAUUUAUACUUAAUAAGUUUAAGUCAGCUAGCAUUUGAUAUUAACUGGUUGUUUUUAAGUUUACAUUUUUUUUGUUUGCUUCACAAUACAUAUAUUUAGAAAUGUGCCAAUAACGUCGCACACACAACGUUCUUAUUAUAAAAAAUGUUAUUAAAACAGUACAAUUAUUAGAAUUAUAAAUUCUUUUAUAGUAAUACUUGUGCCUUCGAGCUCCAUAGGAGCUGAGAGACUAUGUUUGAAAAGGUGUCUAACAACUUAUGUAUAAUCGCUUUUGACUUUAAAUCAGGGUUGCCCUUCUAUUUUGUUUUAUUUAUUAAAAAAGAAAUUAAUCAUUCCAUAUUUACUUGUCUAGUAUGUUAGUACACACUGUGAUUAAUGAUUUUAUACUACAUUCUAUACCUAUAUUUUCAUAUAGUUACGUAUAUAUUCUAUGACGACGCGUAAUUAUAGUUGUGUAAGUUUCAUGAAGUACUUAAUACUUUAUGGAAGUACGUAGAUUAAUAAAAUUUAAGUAAACUAA